CGCCGUGGGAAAGCGACGAGCCGCAUGGCUGCGGGUUGCUCGGAGGCUCCUCGGCCCAAGGCGGCCUCUGCGGGGCCCGUCGUGACACCAGCGGGCGAGCUGCCUUGCCUGGAGCUGCCGACCUACGCCGCCGCGUGUGCGUUGGUGAACAGCCGCUACUCCUGCCUUGUGUCCGGGCCGCACCGGAGGCACAUCGCUCUGUCGCCGCGGUACCUUAACAGGAAGCGCACCGGCAUCCGGGAGCAGCUGGACGCAGAGCUCCUGCGCUAUUCCGAGAGCCUUUUAGGUGUCCCCAUUGCAUAUGAUAACAUCAAAGUAGUGGGUGAACUGGGAGACAUUUACGAUGAUCAAGGACACAUUCAUCUUAACAUUGAAGCAGAUUUUGUUAUUUUUUGUCCUGAACCAGGGCAAAAGCUUAUGGGUACAGUUAAUAAAGUAUCUUCCAGCCACAUUGGCUGUUUAGUACAUGGGUGUUUCAAUGCCUCCAUUCCUAAACCUGAGCAGAUGUCUGAUGAACAUUGGCAAACCCUGGAGAUAAAUGUAGGUGAUCAACUAGAAUUUGAAGUAUUUCGUUUGGAUUCAGAUGCUGCUGGAGUAUUCUGCAUUCGGGGAAAAUUAAAUAUCACUAGUUUACAGUCCAAGUGCUCUGCAGUUUCUGAAGAAGUAACAGAAGCUGGCACUGAAGAAGCUGUUGAAAAACCUCUGAAGAAGAAAAAGAAAAAGAAGAAAGACUUAGAACAAUGUGAAGUGGAAGGUGGUAGCGUGGAGCUAGCAGAUUUAGCAGAUGACACCAGGAGAGAAGAGACAGACUUUCAAAUUAAUAAUAAUGUGAAUAAGGAGGAGGCACCAAAGAGGAAGAAAAAAAAGAAAAAGCAUCAAGAAGAUCAGGAUCAGGAUCCUGUUUUCCAAGGCAGUGACUCUAGUGGUUAUCAGAGUGACCAUAAAAAGAAAAAAAAGAAAAGGAAACACACUGAGGAGGCUGAAUUUACACCACUUUUGGAACAUUCAUCUAAAAGAAAAGGGAAAAGUAAUUUUCUUUGGUGAUUUUUAAAUCCAAUUCAGUUUUUAAAAAAUUAAUUCACAAACAGAAGAUAGACAGAUAUUUUCAGAGAUAUGACACGUUUGUAUUCGGGUAAUUUGCAAAAGAACUAGCAUUCAUUUGGGAGUUGAGGCUUUUUUUUAAAAUGUUAAAAUUAUAAAAGUGAUAAUUUGGCAAUACCAGUAUCAUUAAAGGACCAUUAUUUACAGGAUAAAAAGCUAAAAGCUCUCUGCUCUUGUGUUCUCCCAGUUUUUGCAUUCUGAAUCAAAUUAUUUGUACAGCCUCAAAACUAGCAAAAGAGCUUUGUUAUUCAUAUUAAUGAGUUGAAGUUGGGUUUUUGGUUUUUAUUAGUUUUUCCCCCCCACCAUUAGUCAUGAUAUUGCAUGACACUUUAUUUCGGUUUAUUUUUCAAGCAAGACAUUUACCAGUUUUAGGUUUUCGUUUCUCAUCUCUACUACAGUAGUACUCUACUGAAGUCUCCAGAUUUCUUAAGAAACACGCCACUGCUGACUAGUAGUGCAGUGUAUUGUUUUUUUCUUUAAAUCUAAAGAAAUUGAUAGGUCUUUUUCUCUUAUACUUGUUCAUUUGUGUCUCAGUUAUUCUGCCUUUAUUGUGUGUGUGACGAGGAGACUGAUAAAGACAAGGUAAAUGUGAUUCUGAAUAGUGAGGAAUUUCACCAUUUUUAAUAAUUGGGUUAGGAUACUAGAAAUAACCGCUCACUGCUUUCAAAUUGAGGAAAUAAGGAAUGUAUCUUAACUAACUGGAAAACAAUGAAAUGAUAAGUUGGUUCAUGGCUAUAUCCAUUCAUUGAAUAUGUAUUUGAUAAUCUGCCAGGCAAAUACAUUCAAUGAAGGUCCAGGGAUAGAAUACAAACAAGGUAGAUAUAGUUACUUCCCUCAUGGAAUGUCAUAGGACAACCAGAUUGAGUCACACACAACAUAGACAAGAAAAUAUAGAAAGUCAGUGAUGCUACAAAUGAAAAGAAAAUUGUACUCAGUGUUCGUUGUAUUCAUAUCUCUAAAUGAGUGCAGGGUUGAAUUAAGCCCCCAUGCCAACCAUUUUUCUUGCCCAUUUAUCUAGUAUCAGACAUAGUACAGUUUCACAUUAUAAUGACAGACUAUAGUUUGGAGUGUUACAGACUUUGACUUUUGUCUAUAGAGAGGUAUGCCAGACAUUGGGAGGGUGCAGGCCAGUCUUCCAUAUACUUUAGUUUCAUGUGGGGGUCAUCCCUUGAAAUGUGACUAGUCCAAAUUGAGAUGGACUGUCAGUAUAAAAUACAUACUGGAUUUUGAAGAUGUACCAAAAGAAUAUAAAAUAUUUCAAUUUUGUAUAUUGGUGAAAUGAUAUUUUUGGCCUAGUGGGUUAAAUAAAACAUUAAAAUUCAGCAUUUUAUUUUUGUACUAAAAGAUAAAUAUUGUAUAUGAAAUUCACAAACUAUUAUAGUUUCAGGGCUUAAUAAAGAGGCAUGCCAGAAUAUUUAAUAAAUAAAAUUUGAAUACAGAAUCGUGUGAAUAUAAAAAUUAAUUUUUAGUGAAACUUCUAAAUUCCCCUUUUAUAAAUAACAAGAAUGGUAUAUUUAUGCUAUUAAUGGAAAGAUACUUGUGGAUUAGUAAAAUAGCUAUAUCCCCACAUUAUUUGUAUUUUGCUUCUUUUAGUGCUCUGUUGGUCAUGUUGUAUUUUAAAAUGCUUUGUACCGUGAAGAAAAAAGCAGCAUAAAUUUGUUCAUACUUACAAUUUGAGUGCCUCUGAAAAGGCAGAGCUGGUCAUUUGCCUUGUCCAGAAUAUAGUAACUUUUUACCUCCAUGUAUUCUUCAAGACAUUUGCUGAAUACGCACAUUGUGACCCAAGGAGGUGUGGGAUUCUAGGUGGAGAAGUUACCAGAGGCCUGAGAAAUAUCAAAUAAAGCAAACCUGAGAUACUACCGUCUAUAGAAAGUUUUUCCAGACUAAAGUGGGCUAAAAGUACAUGCUUUAUAAUCAUCAUCAUUGUAUUGGGUGUUUUUUUAGUUGUAGCGCACUGUGUUAUGGUUUCAAGCAGUUUAUCUGUUUAUAAAACUUGUCUCUUGAUCAGAUUUGUCUUGUCCAAAUAAUAAGUUUCCUGAGGAUCAGGGUUGUGCCCUCACUGUAUCUAGAAUGUUUAGCAGUGAAAUUAUCAACAGGCAUAUUUAAUUGAUAAUGAAAUGAAAAGCAUAGUUUCAAAUAGUAUCACUCUGCUUCUGAUGCCAUAGUCCUAAUCUUUUUACAUAUCAUGUCAAUAAAUGCACUAAGAGCUUUCCCUGUGCAUGAGACUUUUCAAGUAUUUUUGUUCCAUCAGUGUGUUAGUGAUAAUAACUUAAAUGGAAAACUCCUAGUGGUCAAAUUGAGUCUCUGACUUGCUUCAUACAUUCACAACAUGAACAAAAACUUAGGCAAAAAUUUAGUAAGCCAUAUUGGACAUUUUUUUCUUCCAAAAUGAAGACAUGGUACAAAAUCGUAUUUAUUUUUUUUUUAAAGGUCAAAUAACGAAAGUACCUCCGAAUCCUCAUCGUCAUUGAUCUAACUCCCUAUUCCUCUAGUUAACCCACACCCCCUUAACAUGACGGUGGUACUUCCCAGAGAUAACUACUAUUGUCAAUUCUGUGUAUAGUUUUAGACUGGUUUUUAAAUGGAUUUUAAAAUAUUACAAAAUUAAAUAAUAUUAAGCUAUUCAUACUCUUUAGACUUACUUUCAUUUGAUAUAGAUUAUUUCCCAUAUGAAUAUUAAAGGUAAUCUUACUCUUUCAUGCCUAUAAGAAUUUUAAUGUAUAAAUUGUUUCAUUUCCUAAUGAUGAAUAUUUAGGGUGUUUAUGUUUUCCCUUUUUUAGUAAACAUUGAGUAUAUAUGACUAUACAUCCUUAUUUGGCAUAAAGUGUUAGAAGUGGAAUUGCUGUAUGAAAAAAUAUUUUUUCUUACAUAUGAACAGCUAUUACAAAUGUUUACUUUUAUGUAAUCAAUGAUCUCAUGAGCUUCUCAGUGCUUUUGUAGAAGCACUUCCCACCCCAAGAUUAUAAUUUGUUUUCUUCCAGUACUUUCAUCACUUUACAUUUAAAAUUUUAGUCCAUCUGGAAUUGGUAUAUAGUUUGAUGUUCAUAUAUCCCCAAACUAUUCAUAUUUUCUCUAGAGUUGAGGACCUGUCUUCUACAUAGUACAUUCCACAUACUACAAAUAAUACUGUUUCUCUUCUGAUUACUUACACACUCUGCUACAGGAUCACACUGGUUAUUACCCUAGUGUGGUAGGCAGAAUUCUGAAAGGGCCGGAUUUCCCACUCUAAUCCUCAUAAAUGAAGAAGAUGAAUUUUACCUCCACGAUCUAUUAUAUACUAUAUUAUACAUUAUUAUAUAUUACAUGAUGCAAUUGACUUAAGAGAUGUUCUGGGUGUCCUAAUUUUAAAACAUAUCCCUUUAAAUGAAUUUUCUCCAGGUUAUGGCAGUAAAAGAGAUUUGAAAUAUGAGGUUUUGAUGUAUCCCUUACUGAAGACAGGAAGGUGGCAAGGUGAGUGGCCUAGAACUACCCCUGGUCACGAGCCCAGAGGAAAAUGCACCACAACCCUAUGUCCACAAUCAGUUUGUGUGCAUUUUCCCAGUGAUUGCUGAAGCAGAUUUACCCCAGGUCCUCCAGAUGAGAAUUCAGUCAGCUGACACCUUAGUUUCAAUUUUGUAAAAUCUCAAAGAGAAUCCACCCACACCUUCCCAGCCUGCUGACCAGUAGAAUUACAAACUACUGAGUGGAUGUUUGAAGGUUGUGGUAAUUUGUUAAAUUGCCAUAGAAAGCUAAUAUACAAUGUUUUUAUGAUACAUUUUGAUGUCUGGUCAAAAUAACCUUUAAUGAACCAUUUAAAAAUUAUAUUGGUUCAUGUCUUGUUAAAACUUUUUGGAUUUUGUUGAAAUUGAGAGAUUGAGAUGAUUGACUUCUAUAAAUACUUAGAUUUCUUAGUCAAUAAACAUGUAAAGUCUUCAUUUAUUCAAGUCUUCAUUAUUUCAGUAGCAUUAGGCCUUUUAUAUAUCAUUAGUUUAUUUCCAGAAAUUUUAGCAUUUCUUGCUUUUGUUAGAUUUUUUUAAAUAUCACAUUUCAUAACUAGUUAUUACUGAUGUAUAAGAAAAUAAUUGAAUUCCUCCACUAACCUAUAUGACCAUAAAUGCUGAAGUUUUGUCUUUCAUUGGCCUCAAGUCACCACUGGUUUUAACCAGGUUUAUGAAUUUUUAUUCAUUAAUUCCUACUCUGCUCUUUAUUAAAGGGUAUACUUUUUUCAAAUCUCAUAUAGUAAUGAAAGUGACCCUAAAAUUUUCUGAUUUCAGUUUUGUGUGGAUCCUGUCAGUUUUUGUAUAUAGUAUUCUCAUUGUAUCUCGUUUAGAUAUCUCUCAAUUAUUCUUUGAUCCAAAAUUUAUUUAGAAGGAUAUUGUUGAAACUUUUGAAAGGUGGUUAAAGAUGAUGAUAUUUAUUGCUAUUGUUAGUUUCUAGCUGUUUCAUGCAUUGUCAUCUUCUAAGGUAGUCUCUGAUUUCUUCUUUUGGAAAUUGAGAUUUUCUUUGUGGCCCAGUACAUGGUCAGUUUUUAAAAUUAUUCUUUAAGUAUUUGAAAAUAAUAUCUUUUAGAAACAUCCAAAUAACUUUUAAAAAUAGUUUUAAUAUACUGUAAAGUGAGAACAAAAUUGAAAAACAAGGGCUAAAUAUGCACAUGAUAAUGAUUUGGCAUUUCUUCUGGGUAAUUCAUAGAAAGUUCACUAGAGGUUCAAAUCAGUAAAUACUGUUCUCCUUAUUAAAAGUAAAGAUGUUCAAAUAUUUGCUUGUAAACUUUUUUCUUUUAAACCUCUGCCUUGGCAGCGGUAAAUAAUGAUACUCUUUUGUCUUGUACCUCUUUCAAGUAAAUACUUAGUAUACUGGAUCAUCUUAAAGCCCUGUUGCUUUUUCUUAGACAUUAGACUGAUA